UAUUUUUAGAGAAAAACCCAUUGUGAAAAGUUCAAGGGGAUAGAGGACAGCGGACUUCUUCCUUCCUAAGCGAACUAGGAAGAAAUUCUACUAAUUUGCGUAUGUACAUAAGAGAGAGAAAAAGAACAAAAUCCAGCGAGAGAGCGAGAUAUUCGGAUUGAAUUGAUUGCUGGGUCGAUUCCUUUCCGCGCACGCGCUUUGAUUCCUCCUCCUCUCUCUCUCUCUACAUGUAUAUGAUAUAUCAUCAUAUAUGAUCGCGGAGCUGGCCUUCGGGGACGAAUUCUGAGCUCUCGAAUCGGGUAGUCAGACGCCACAAAUCCGCACGAUCAGCUGGAAGGAAAAUGUUCGGAGGCAAUAACUCCAAUGUGAUGUUUCCAUCUGUGCUGGAGGAUUAUCAAUUCAAUUAUGACUCCACUGCACCUACCCAGCUUCAGUUGUUUGGAAGCAGUGAGUUUCCUGCUACAUGCACUGUAACUCCUGUCAACAACAUUGGUAACAAUUAUGUAUCUGCUCUAAACUGUUCAAACAAAAGGAGGAGGGAGACUGAGGAUAUCGGAAGAUGGCACAAGCUUCAGAUUUCCUUGAAUAAUUUUAGUCAAGAUGAGGCUGAUCACUCACCAGGUAUCCCUAACCCAAAUGCUGUAUCAACUGGGCUUAGGCUUUCCUAUGAUGAUGAUGAACACAAUUCUUCCAUUACCUCUGCAAGUGGGAGCUUACCAUCUUUUCCUGUUGUCAUGUCCCUUGGUGACAAUCUGAGGACUGAGAUUGAUUGUCAAAAGGAAGAAUUUGAUCAUUACAUCAGAAUUCAGGAGGAGCAAAUCAUGAAAGGUGUGAAAGAGAUGAAACAAAGACACAUGGUUGCUUUCCUGAAUGCUAUUGAGAAAGGGAUUGGGAGGAAACUGCGGGAGAAGGAGCUUGAGAUAGGGAACGUGAACAGGAAGAACAAGGAACUCAUUGAACGAAUCAAGCAAGUGGCCAUAGAAGCCCAGUCUUGGCAGUGCAGAGCUCGGUACAAUGAGUCUGUUGUGAAUAUGCUUAAGAACAGCCUUAAGCAAGCCGUCGCACAGGGUGCUGAUCAUGUGAGGGAAGGGUGUGGGGACAGUGAAGGAGAUGAUGUGGUCUCUUCUUACAACCCAAGUGGUGUUAUUGGUGGUAUCCUUCAAGCAAGCGUGCCUGGUGGCAAGCCAAUGAUCAGCGAGCAGAUGGCAUGCAGGUCCUGCAAGCUCAAGGAGGUCUCUGUGUUGCUGAUGCCAUGCAGGCACCUUUGCUUGUGUGAUGAUUGCGAGCGUUUCAUUGAGGUCUGUCCUGUCUGCCAAACCAUGAAAAGUGUUAGCCUUCCGGUUUACAUGGCCUGAGAGUUGUCCAACCAAGAGACCAUCCGGGAUGGCCAUUCCCUUAGGUUUUGUUCUUUCUUUAUUUCAGUUCUCGCACUGGCUUUUAUGGAGAAUCAGCAGUGGGUGGAUUGAUUAACUGCAAUGUCUGGCAGGUGGCUACGAGGGGUGGAUUUUGCCGUUGUCAAUAAUGAAUCAAGGCACUUAUUCCCACCGUUUCGGUUGUAACUUGUCUUGUGCCAACUGUUGGUGGCGUUGUUUUGGCAUCCCUCGCCGAAUAUUCGUAUUACUGAUAAGUAGCUCAUAUUGAACCUAUGGCGGCAUUUGGUUGGGGAAUAAAGCAAGCAUGAGGUUUGUUUCAAGCUCUAUGCUUGCCAAACAGCUUUCAAAAAAUAUAUAGUGUAUGUUUGGAGGUGCA